AUGUGUGACCAGCAGAAACAGCCACAGUGUUUUCCCUCCUGUGUGAAAGGUUCAGGACUGGGGGCUGUACAAGGUGCUGGUGGGGCCUCUGUGAAAUGCCAGGCUCCAAGCCAGACCCAGACAGUCUGUGUGACCGGCCCCGCUCCAGCCUUCGUGAAUUACCCAGCUUCAGUUCCAGCUCCAGCUCAAACCUGUGUGAAAUACCAAGUUCCAUGCCAGACUCAAACCUACGUGAAGUGCCCAGUUCCCUGCCAAACGACCUAUGUCAAAUGCCCAGCUCCCUGCCAGACAUAUGUGAAGUGUCCAGCUCCCUGCCAGACAUAUGUGAAGUGUCCAGCUCCCUGCCAGACAUCUUAUGUGAAGUGUCCAGCUCCCUGCCAGACAUCAUAUGUGAAAUGUCCAGCUCCCUGCCAGACAUCAUAUGUGAAGUGCCCAGCUCCAUGCCAGACCCAGACAUAUUAUGUUCAGUGCCCUUCUUCCAGCCAGACCUACUACACUCAAGCUUCUGGGUGUGGCUCAGCCUCCCAGGGCUGCGUCCCUGACCCCUGCUCUGCUCCCUGUUCCACCAGCUAUUGCUGUCUUGCUCCCCGGACCUUCGGGGUCAGUCCCCUGAGACGCUGGGUCCAGCGGCCACAGAAUUGCAACACAGGAUCGUCUGGCUGCUGUGAGGAUUCUGGAUGCUGCAGCUCUGGAUGCUGCAGCUCUGGGGGCUGCGGAUCUGGGGGGUGCUGCUGUUUGGGAAUCAUCCCCAUGAGAUCCCGAGGCCCUGCGUGCUGUCACCACGAGGAUGACUGCUGCUGUUGAAUACAAAAGGGCAGACCUGCUCCAGAAUUCAAGGCUAUGCCCUUGGAGACAUCACUGGACCCAGCCUCUUCCCUGCUAUUCCUAGCUGUGCAGAACCUCAUCCCUUUCCCUCCACACUUUGCUUCGUUAUCAAGGCAUCCUGCCAGGGUUAGCGCACGUCCCACACCUCGGCAAGAAUA